GAACAACUGCGCAGCGCUGUGUUUCCGACCGGAGGACUUUAGCAGGAGUACCAGCAUAAGUCAUGAAGGAGGUUUUGCGGAAGAUACACAGCAUCUUCCUAAAGGUCGUCCUGUUUCCGAGAACAUUUGGCAGCACAGGCCCGCGGCCAGCUGCCUCCGAAGUGUUGACCUGCCACCUGCUGCAGCGUCAACUACCUCCGUGGACCUCAUACUGUGUCCGCUACAGCUCCGUCCACAACGACCAGUUUGGACUGUCCAACUUUAACUGGAGGGUGCAGGGAGCAAACUACCAGAUACUGAGAACAGGCUGCUUCCCCUUCAUAAAAUAUCACUGCAGCAAAGCGCCUCCACAGAACCUGGACUUUGAGGACAAGUUUUUCACCAUGUUGAAAGUUAUUAAUCUGGGCAUCCCUUGUUUGGCCUAUGGCAUCGGUUGCUGGAUGGUGGUGGGAGCUGCAGAAACAGUGCAGACGAGUGUGGGACCCGUCACUGUAUAUUUUGCCUAUAAAGAAGACGAAGGCGCGCAGUACUAAACCACAAACUAAAGACAUUUUUGAUUGUGUUUUCAAGAAACUCUUCCAAAAGCUGCUGUAUUUACAACCGUUCCCGAGGUGUUGUUCUGGUGGACCUAUCGACCAAAGUGCCAUCUUGUGUCAUUAGUGCUCCCUUUUGUCUGACUGCACAAGUUCAUUUUAGGUGUUUAAUUAUUCAAGAUUUAAAAGUUGCAGUGGAGGAGUCAGUUAUGCAUGUUAUUACACUGACAUACAAUACUGACUGUGUUUAUUCAGAAAGCUACAUUUCCAUGAAAGAUUAAUGAAAAGUUUAGGAUUUCUCGAAGAAUAGACAAUUUGACACUACGCCUUUUCCUGGAUGUCUUCGAAGCGGUGUUUGUGAACAUUGUAUCAGUCUUCAGUGUCUUCAUAGUCACUGUAAAAGUUUAUUUUUGCAGUAAAUAUUAAAGUGUAUGAAACGACACAGUAAUAACA